CAGACUGGAUUGCACUGCAGCCCCUGACAGAACAGUUUGGGUUGACCUGAGCCGUAGACCUGAGCAUGAAGUAAGGCAUAGAUGCAUCUCGGGAAUGGGCGGUUUAUCCCGGUGAUGGCAUGGAGAAGAGCCCAGAGCACUUAUACAGGCUGGCAAACACAGAAGAACCCGCUGUCACUUGCUGGGCCCGACAGGAAAUGGAGGCACAUGUUGAACAGACACCUAGCCUGAGACCCUGUGUAAGACCCUAACCCUUCUACUCGGAGGCACUUGAUGGCCAUCCGUUGCACCUUGAGCAACGCUUGUGGCAGCCCGGUUCGCAGGCUCGAUCACCCCACCGGUUAGCUAGAUCAAGCCACGUCUCGAACGCCACAUAUGACGUUGUCACUCUCCCGCCCAACUCUGCUGCUCAUCGCCUUUCCUCGUUGACAGGCCACGCCGUUGCAAGCCUCAUCCUCUUAAAAUCAACACACCUUUUUUUUCCCUCAUAACCAUCCGCUUACCCUACCGCUCUCUCAGUGGUUCUGACUGCCGUUGAGCUCCAGACAGCGACGCCAAGAUGACACAAUCAGUACCGCCAAACUACUACGCCAUCCUCGAGGUCUCCGAGUCGGCCUCGAUACAGCAGAUCCGAGAUGCUUACAAGCGAGCCGCCCUGAAAACCCACCCGGACCGGAUCGCGGCCAACUCACCCGAGCGCCCAGAGCGGACGCGCCGGUUCCAGCUCGUCAACGAUGCCUACUACACGCUGUCGGACCCGACGCGGCGGCGCGACUACGACGCGCAGAGGAAGCUCUUUGGCGGCUUCAGGGGCGCCGAGCCCGCCGACCCCUUUGCGGACCCCAACGACACCAGCACGGGGGCGGCUGCCGGCGGCGGCGACGGCCAACAACAGCAGCAGCAACAGCAGAACGGUUUCAGCUGGGCCUGGAACUACUUUACGGGAGGGCAGCAGCAGCAGGACGGCGGGCAGGCGCGGCAGCAGGCCGAGGACGCGCAGUUCGGCGACGUCUUCGAGGAGAUGCUGCGCGAGGAGGGCAUGGCGCAGCCCGGCACCAACCAGCCCACGGGCAAGUUCUGGGGCAUGGUCGGCGGCAUGAGCGGCGGCGCCCUGGGCUUCAUCGUCGGCAACGUCCCCGGCUUGCUGGCGGGCGCCGUCGCGGGCAACCGGCUCGGGGCCGUCCGCGACGCGCGCGGGAAGAGCGUGUACGCCGUCUUUCAGGUGAGUUUGGAUGUGAAUGUUGGCGGCGGCGGCGGCGGCGGCGGCGGCGGUGGUGGCGAAGGCAGCAGGGCCGCCGCCGCUGGCAGAGGUGGAGGUGGCCGAGGUGAUGGCGUUGGAGCGCCCCCACCGCGACCACGGCCACGGCGCCGGCAGCGGCCACAGCCAGAAAGGACUCGUGACCGUGAUUGCGGUGGUGGGUAGGAACACGGACGUCUUGAAGGUCGUCCCGUCUAGAAUAUUCAUCUCUCUUGCAAGGAGGGAACUCCCCCAAGACGACCGCGCCAGGCUUCUUAGCCAACUUGCUAUCAGGGUUUUCAGCCAUGUCGUCGGUGUGUGAGCGGUCCACGAAAUGCGGGCGGAGCCAGAGAUGGAUAUGAG